GGCGGCUGGCGUCGAGAAAGUACAGUAAAAAGUCCAAGUGCAGCGCUCGGCAAGAUGGGAACCGGCUCCUCCAGCUACCGGCCCAAGGCCAUCUACUUGGACAUCGAUGGACGCAUUCAGAAGGUGGUCUUUAGCAAGUAUUGCAACUCCAGUGAUAUUAUGGACCUGUUCUGCAUCGCUACCGGCCUGCCUCGGAACACCACCAUUUCCCUCCUGACCACGGAUGACGCCAUGGUCUCCAUCGACCCCACCAUGCCCGCCAAUUCAGAACGAACUCCCUACAAAGUGAGACCCGUGGCCAUCAAGCAACUCUCUGAGAAAGAAGAACUGAUCCAGAACGUGCUGACCCAGGUGGCGGAGCAGUUCUCAAGAGCUUUUAAAAUCAACGAGCUGAAAGCUGAAGUUGCAAAUCACUUGGCAGUGCUGGAGAAGCGCGUCGAAUUGGAAGGACUAAAAGUGGUGGAGAUUGAGAAAUGCAAGAGUGACAUUAAAAAGAUGAGGGAGGAGCUGGCAGCCAGAAGCAACAGGACCAGCUGUCCCUGCAAGUACAGUUUUUUGGAUAAUAACAAGAAGUUGACGCCUCGACGCGAUGUCCCCUCUUACCCCAAGUACCUGCUGUCCCCCGAGACCAUAGACGCCCUGCGGAAGCCCACCUUCGAUGUCUGGCUCUGGGAGCCCAAUGAGAUGCUGAGCUGCCUGGAGCACAUGUACCAUGACCUGGGCCUGGUCAGGGACUUCAGCAUCAACCCCAUCACGCUCAAGAGGUGGCUGCUGUGCGUGCACGACAACUACCGGAACAACCCUUUCCACAACUUCCGGCACUGCUUCUGCGUCGCCCAGAUGAUGUACAGCAUGAUCUGGUUCUGCGGGCUGCAGGAGAAGUUUUCGCAAAUGGACAUCCUGGUCCUAAUGACUGCGGCCAUCUGCCAUGACUUGGAUCAUCCAGGCUACAACAACACGUACCAGAUCAAUGCCCGCACGGAGCUGGCUGUCCGCUACAAUGACAUCUCGCCCCUGGAGAACCACCACUGCGCCGUGGCCUUCCAGAUCCUCAACCAGCCCGAGUGCAACAUCUUCUCCAACGUGUCACCGGAGGGCUUCAAGCAAAUCAGGCAGGGAAUGAUCACGUUAAUCUUGGCCACUGACAUGGCGAGGCAUGCGGAAAUCAUGGACUCUUUCAAAGAGAAAAUGGAGAAUUUUGACUACAGCAACAAGGAGCAUGUGACCCUUCUGAAGAUGAUACUGAUCAAAUGCUGUGACAUCUCCAACGAGGUCCGCCCCAUGGAGGUGGCAGAACCGUGGGUGGACUGUUUGUUGGAGGAAUAUUUCAUGCAGAGUGACCGUGAGAAGUCAGAGGGCCUCCCCGUGGCCCCAUUCAUGGACCGGGACAAAGUGACCAAAGCCACAGCCCAAAUCGGCUUCAUCAAGUUCGUCCUGAUCCCGAUGUUUGAGACGGUGACCAAGCUCUUCCCCGUGGUUGAGGAGCUCAUGCUGCAGCCGCUAUGGGAGUCCCGAGAUCGCUACGAGGAGCUGAAGCAGAUGGACGAUGCCGUUAGGGAGCAGAAGGCUGAGAGCCUGACGUCUGGGAGCGCCACGUCAAGAGAGAAAAGCAGAGACUUCGGGAAACAGAGUGAAGCAGACUGUGCCUGAAGAAAGCAGAGAGCUGCAGACUACUGCUCUGGACCCGGCCGGCCAAGCUUCACAGGAUCGUCCGUGCAGGAAAAAGUGGUCCUGAGUGCCUGCCACCACGAGAGCAUUUUCUAAGAACCAUUUUGUUCACUGAUACAAAAAAACAGGACUUCACAAGCUGUACAGAAUUUUUAUUUUUAAACUGUCUUUUAAAUAAUAUAUUCUUAUAAAGAAA